AUCCUCCCGUUUCACUAAAGGCAUUGAAUUGAGGCAUUGAUGACGUUAACGAGCAUGACAUAUUGCUUUCUUACAAGUAAGUCAUUUCACAGGACGAGCUAAUUCUCCAUCGAUCCUCCCGUAAACUAAAGGCUUUCAGGACUUUCAAAUCAUUUACGAUGGCUAACAAUUUUUCAGACCAAAAUGAGACAUUGUUCUUCUGUAGUUACAGUCCAUCGCUUCUUCUUCAAGUACCACCGAAUCUCUACUACACCUACAUUAUCACAGCGGCUUUCAACGCGGUGUUUUCAUUUACAGCUUUUACAGGAAACGCUCUCGUGUUAACAGCCCUUGUAAAAACCCGAGCUCUACACUCACCGUCUAAAGCGCUCCUUCGAAGUUUGGCUCUAUCCGAUCUUUUUGUUGGUUUAUUUGUUCAGCCCGUAUAUAUCGCAUAUUGCCUAUCAGGUGUAGUGGGGAACUCGUUGAUUCGCUGUGCUUCCUGGAUUGUCUACCCUCUUCUAAGUGAUUACUUCGUAGCAGUCUCGUUUUUCACGAUGAUCGCCAUAAGCAUCGACAGAUUUUUGGCUUUACACCUUCGUGCACGCUAUCGCUCAGUUGUCACAAUAAAAAAGGCAAACGUUACUGUAUUUUCUCUGUGGAUAACCAGCCUGAUCUUCCCAAUCGCGCGGUUACUGGGAGGAAAGAUCACAAUAGUCCUUUCUGUUGCAUCGUUCUCGCUUUUUAUAGUGGUACCAACUUUUACGCACUUGAAAAUUCAACGCAUGCUUCGCCGCCAAGAGAGGCAGGUUUCCAACCGGUUCAACCAGUUUUACCUCCACAGAGAAGAAAGCUACCUAUCUAUUAACAAGUACAAAAAGUCUGUUUCUGCUAUGCGCUAUGUCUAUGUCGUGUUGAUGUUAUGUUACAUACCCAUAACCUGUGUGGCUAUUUUGUACGUAAAGAAUGACUCAUCCCCGCUGAUUCUACUGUCUUUGGGGAAUUUUGCGUUCACUUUACUUUUCGUCAACUCUUCGUUGAACCCACUUUUGUAUUGUUGGCAAAUCAGGCAGGUCCGUGCCGCAAUGUGGAUGCUUAUAAAUAACUUAAAUCCUUUCUGUUAGCCUAUAGUCAUGCCGAAAGACACUGUGUUAGGAGCGCUAAAUGUAAUGUAAAUGAUUAUGAGAAAUUGGUGAAAUUCUCGUAAGAUCAGCAUUGUGGGACCCCUGCACGACGGCAGAAGUAGAUCCUUGUCGUGCCCUUUGCCCAUAAACCGCCACUGCUCUGGCCUAUGCGUCCUUCGGGUUCUUCCUCUGCUUACCCAAGCUGACUCCACUCCGGCCCCCGCAUCUCUUUGUCAGCUGUUCUCCGGCAGGUUAACGACGACAACGAUUGAGAGGAAUUCUUAUUUUCCCCGCAAAAGUAUUUUAAAAAAGAAAAAAAGCUCAGCUUGUUAGUAAAGGUUGUUCUUUUUGAUGCAUUUGAUUUCUGUUUGGUUUUGCAAAAAUAUUCUACGUGUUCAGGGGAACACAACAAAGUGCUACGUGACCGAAAGAAACCAAUUACAUUUCUGAUGAAAAUUGAAAACUUUCAUCUAUCCAUUCGGCUUGAAUUCUGUUACCCUGAAUCAUAGAUUAUUAAACAAUUCUAAUUCUCGAAGCUUAUUUUUUCUGACAAUUAAUGGAAUGCAGAAACUGAUUGGUCGGCCGCGUAAACAGGGCAGUAUUGAUUAAAAAUGGCAUUUAGGCCAUAAAGGAAUAUGCUUUGUCAUGCAAGAACAUCUCUUGACAUCUGUCUUUCAAUAGUAUAAACUGUCAUCUCUUUUACUAAUGGUCUUGUGUCAGUUUGAUUUUGAUUUUUCACUGUAUUACAUUAGUCUAAAAUUAUCUAAUACUUGUCAUAUAUUCGGCUGAUUCAUGUCUUAUCCAUAAAGUCUGGCUUUUACUGAGGUAAUGAUCGCGUCACACAGGAAAUUACCCUGUUUUAAUUUU